AUGAAUGAUCCGCCAUUAAAGAACGUUACGGCAAGGGAGGCACUUGAUUUUUCAAUGAAGGAUCCGCCAUUGAAGAUCGUUGCAGCAAGACAGGCAGACGCUCCUAAAUGGAUCUCCAAUCUCUGCCGUCUCAAACCAUCUCUCGGAGGAGCCACCGGUGCUCCUAUAUGGACAGUCCACCCACUGUCACCAUCGACCAAUCUCGGCCGUCGCGAGAUCCAAGUCACAGAUCCGCCACUCAGGGUUGGAUUUUCUGCCGCGAUGACGUCGUUGAUGUUCUCUCUGGUCAAGAAUAGCCUGACGGCUCCGGUCUCCACUUUGACUUCCGCCGUCUCCGUACCAACCGUCUCCGAGAUCAUAUUUCUAGAGGAAAUGCUUCGACUUCCCUUCCAUACUUCCAUGGACAUACUCAGCAGCGGAACUACUCCACUCUCCACUCUCCGUCACCCUGAUCAGACCGCGGCCGAAGUCGCUGUCGAUACACUCUACAAUCGUAGCCCUCUUCGUUGCCAUGAUAUUGCUGCGAAGCAAGCAGUUUCGUUCAUGGAGAAACACACCGAUUACUACUCCGCAGCGCGUUAUGCUGAAGUUUCAAGAGCUUAUACCCAAAAUAUGGACAAACUUGCUAUGAACAUUACGACCGAGCAAAGGAAGACCUUGAAGGAUGCGCAUGGUGAUAUCUUCUGUGGACUAGAGGUUGUGGAGCAUGCGUGUGGAAUGGCGACACUACAGAUGGGUGAAUAUGUGCCUAAUGUAUCGAAUGGAGUCAAUACGUAUAGUGUUAGGGAGCCAUUUUGUGUUUGUGCUGCCAUUUGUCCAUUCAACUUCCCAGUUAUGAGUCCUUUAUGGAUGUUUCCCGCUGCUGUGACAUGUGGUAAUACCUUCAUUCUAAAGCCAUCAGAGAAGGAUCCUGUACUUGCUUUCACCAGUGCUUCUGUAAUGCUUGCUGAGUUGGCAAUGGAAGCUGGAUUACCUGAUGGAGUUCUCAGUAUCGUUCACGGCAACAAUGAUACUGUCAAUGCUAUCUGUGAUCACGAGGAUGUAAGGGCUGUUUCUUUUGUUGGCUCUAACACUUUCAGUGAUUCUUUAGGCUUUUGUGUGAAGCUGGGUGUUCAGAAGAAAGCUUUAGUGGAUCAUAGUAGUUUCUUUGCUAAGAAACUCGCUGCGAAAGACUCGGUUUUCGCUUGUCUUGAGAUUGAGAGCUGUGAAGACGCAGAGAUAUACGUUGAGACUAUUGGUCUUAUGUAUUAUAAAGAAAUGAAUCAACGUCUCAUGAAACAGAACGUAAGCAGAGUCCUUCGUGUCCUCAAGGUUCUUGGUUUCAGUUCAUGUAUUCAAUCUUAUUUGGAUUACUUAGAAGCUGUGCCAUGGGUUGGAGAAGAAGAAGAAGAGAAAGUGAUCUCAUCGAUUCUCAGAUUGAAAACCGAAGGAGUUAUUGGUGUUGUCACCACCACUCCUGUGCUCAAAAGAAUUGCUUUCAGUGCUGCUGAUCCACCAAAAGAGACGCUCUCUCGCAUCAUCGAGCUUGUUCUAAGAAGCAAAGAGGAGAAGAAGACCGAUACCAAACUAAUUGCUGUGGAAGCUGAUAACUUGACGUCGCUGCUCGAUGUUUUAGCGGAGAGACAAGCUGCGGAGGAGUUCUCAGUGACAAAAGGAGCUUUCUUUGCUACACGAGAAGCUUCCUUCGAUGUCGCGUUACCAUAUAAGCCUUGUAACGUCUCGGCUCUUCGUAGGGAUCGGAAGAGGAGAGUUGUUGCUUUCGAAAGACACUCAGCUUUUGCUGUUGAGCAUGUGGUUGCAACUGUUGUUUAG